AUGAGAGGGUGGGGAGGGAGCCUGCCAGCACCAGCAACCCCACCGCCAGCAGCUCUGCUCCUCCUCUGCUUGCAGGAGAGAAACGCCGAGAGUGCCAUCGAAGCCUUGAAGGAGUAUGAGCCCGAGAUGGGGAAGGUGAUCCGUGCCGACCGCAGCGGGGUGCAGCGGAUCCGCGCCCGGGACAUUGUCCCCGGGGACAUCGUGGAGGUGGCAGUUGGCGACAAGGUGCCGGCGGACAUCCGGAUCAUCGAAAUCCGGUCCACCACCCUGCGGGUCGACCAGUCCAUCCUCACAGGGGAGUCUGUGUCGGUGAUCAAACAUGCUGACCCCAUCCCCGACCCCCGGGCUGUCAACCAGGACAAGAAGAACAUGCUUUUCUCCGGCACCAACAUCGCAGCUGGGAAGGCCGUAGGGGUCGUCAUUGCAACAGGGGUGUACACAGAGAUUGGGAAGAUCCGAAACCAGAUGGUGGAGACAGAGCCCGAGAAGACCCCCUUGCAGCAGAAGCUGGACGAGUUCAGCCAGCAGCUCUCCAAAGUGAUUUUCCUAGUCUGCAUCGCCGUCUGGGUCAUCAAUGUCAGCCACUUCAGCGACCCUGUCCACGGGGGCUCCUGGUUUCGGGGGGCCAUCUACUAUUUCAAGAUUUCGGUGGCACUGGGGGUGGCUGCCAUUCCCGAGGGCCUCCCAGCCGUCAUCACCACCUGCCUGGCGCUGGGCACGCGCCGCAUGGCCAAGAAGAACGCCAUCGUCCGGAGCCUGCCCUCGGUGGAGACCCUGGGCUGCACCUCCGUCAUCUGCUCUGACAAGACCGGCACACUCACCACCAACCAGAUGUCCGUCUGCCGGAUGUUCAUUAUGGAGAAGGUGGAGGGCACCCAGUGCAGCCUGCACGAGUUCAGCAUCACCGGCUCCACCUACACCCCCGAGGGACAGAUGUUGAAGGACAAGCAGCCGGUGCAGUGCGGGCAGUACGACGGGCUGGUGGAGCUGGCCACCAUCUGCGCCCUCUGCAACGACUCCUCGCUGGACUACAACGAGUCCAAAAAAGUCUACGAGAAGGUGGGGGAGGCCACUGAAACAGCCCUGACGUGCCUGGUGGAGAAGAUGAACGUCUUCAACACUGACACCAGCAAACUGUCCAAGGUGGAGCGAGCCAACGCCUGCAAUUCAGUGAUCAAGCAGCUGAUGAGGAAGGAAUGUACCCUGGAGUUCUCCCGCGACCGCAAGUCCAUGUCGGUGUACUGCACGCCCACCAGCCCUGGCCACAACUCCGCCGGCAGCAAGAUGUUUGUCAAGGGCGCCCCGGAAAGUGUGAUUGAGCGCUGCACCCACAUCCGUGUGGGCACUGCCAGGGUCCCGCUGACGGCCCCGGUGCGAGAGAAGAUCCUGGCCAGGAUCCGGGACUGGGGCAUGGGCAUUGACACGCUGCGCUGCCUGGCCCUGGCCACCCACGAUGCGCCUGUCCGCAGGGAGACCAUGCAGCUGCAUGACUCUGCCACCUUCAUCCACUACGAGAACAACCUGACCUUCGUGGGCUGCGUGGGGAUGCUGGACCCUCCCCGCAAGGAGGUCACCUCCUCCAUUGAGAUGUGCCGCAAGGCCGGCAUCCGCGUCAUCAUGAUCACUGGCGACAACAAGGGCACGGCGGUGGCCAUCUGCCGCAGGAUCGGCAUCUUCUCGGAGAGCGAGGACGUGGCUGGCAAAGCCUACACGGGCCGGGAGUUUGACGAGCUGCCCCCCGAGGAGCAGCGGCAGGCGUGCCGUGAUGCACGAUGCUUCGCCCGCGUGGAGCCGGCACACAAGUCCCGCAUCGUCGAGUACCUCCAGUCAUUCCAUGAGAUCACUGCCAUGACGGGCGACGGUGUCAACGACGCCCCAGCCCUGAAGAAAGCAGAGAUCGGCAUCGCCAUGGGGUCGGGCACAGCUGUCGCCAAGUCGGCCGCUGAGAUGGUGCUCUCCGAUGACAACUUCUCCACCAUUGUGUCAGCCGUUGAAGAGGGCAGGGCCAUUUACAACAACAUGAAGCAGUUCAUCCGCUAUCUCAUCUCCUCCAACGUCGGGGAGGUCGUUUGCAUCUUCCUGACGGCCAUCCUGGGCUUGCCCGAGGCCCUCAUCCCCGUGCAGCUGCUGUGGGUGAACCUGGUGACAGAUGGGCUGCCGGCCACUGCGCUGGGCUUCAACCCCCCCGACCUGGACAUUAUGGACAAGCUGCCCCGCAACCCCAAGGAGCCCCUCAUCAGCGGCUGGCUCUUCUUCCGCUACCUGGCCAUCGGAGUGUACGUGGGCCUGGCCACAGUGGGCGCAGCGACCUGGUGGUUCUUGUACGACGCCGAGGGACCGCAGGUCUCCUUCCAUCAGCUGAGGAACUUCAUGAGGUGCACCAAGGACAACCCCAUCUUUGAAGGAAUCGACUGUGAGAUCUUUGAGUCCCGAUACCCGACCACAAUGGCUCUGUCUGUGCUGGUGACAAUCGAAAUGUGCAACGCUCUGAACAGUGUCUCUGAGAACCAGUCGCUGCUGCGGAUGCCACCAUGGCUCAACAUCUGGCUGCUGGGGGCCAUCGUCAUGUCCAUGGCUCUGCACUUCCUCAUCCUCUACGUCAAGCCUAUGCCUCUCAUCUUCCAGGUAACCCCCCUGAGCUGGCCGCAGUGGGUGGUUGUAAUGAAAAUCUCCCUGCCCGUUAUCUUGCUGGACGAAGGACUCAAGUACCUUUCCCGCAACCACCUGGACGGCAUUCUCAGGACGGUAGGACACAUGUGGAGCGGGGAGCACCAGUUGAAAACCUGCAGGACUCCAGAGCAAGGGAGAAGAGGACAAGAAAUGACUGACACGAAGGAAACGCUCCUAACUAAAGGAUCCCUAACUUGUAACUCGGACUGAAGUCUUGCAUGCAUG